CGACAAGAAAGAGAGGCUAUUCUAAUUUUCCGACAAGAAUUUGUUAAUCUCAAAAAAGUUGUGUCCUUCAAAGGAGUAUGAGCACCUCAAAUCUGGAACGUCUGAUAACCUAAAGAUCUUCACAUAUAGUAUAACCUGAUGCCAUCGGAAGUACAUAUUGUGGUUCAGACAAUGAUCCCAAAGUACAAACACCAAAUCUCUUCUGCUUUCUUCAAUGGUUUCCCUGUCCUUAUUUUCUUCUAUUCUCUAAUAAUGUAAAAACGAAAAAUGAAAUCUUUUCUCAGUUUCUCAGUUUACCUGUGCGCCAACUGCACGUUUUUGUUUUUCUUUGCAGUGCUUAUCUGAGUUUCAACAACAUUUUUAAUAGUGCACGAGUUCUUCUUCUCUUUAAGCUCCUCUCUCUCUCUCUCUCUUGCUGAGCGUUUACGAAGAUGAUCCAUUUUUUCUCAUUUUAUGAGUUGAUGAAUCGUUAAUGGAGUUAAAAGGGUCGGAUACUUCGAUGCUAAACUAUGUAAAUUCCCAUGUUUUAUGUCAACUUGUACAAAAUCCGGCCAAAGCUUGAAGCUUUGAUCGUAUCGAGUGUUGAUCCUCAAAAUAUUCCAACUUUAUAGCAUCAUUUUUCCCAAAAAUGUCAUCACUAGAGAUGUCCCACAUCGAUUUAGAGCAAGGGACUCACCGCCGCAACGGGAGUGACGAAAGCGCCGGAGAGGCAAGCGUCUGCUUCUCGGAUGGCGACGAGGGCCCUUGCUUCUCUCAGUUUUAUUCCACUGCAGGUGGUUCUCAAGACGACUACAGUAUCGCCUACGGAGAAAUCGGCGCGUCGGAUAGGAGGAGGGGAUCUUCGGCCUCGGAUUUCUCGGUGGAAGCGGAGAUUCAGGGGGGGGUCCCGGAGAUCAAGGUGCAUUCGGCCAAAGUUGAGAGGGAUUGUAGAAUUUGCCAUUUGGGUUUGGAAAGUAAUAGCCGUGAAUCUGGGGUUCCUAUCGAACUUGGCUGUUCUUGUAAAGAUGAUCUUGCUGCUGCUCAUAAACACUGCGCUGAAGCCUGGUUUAAGAUCAGAGGAAAUAACACUUGCGAGAUUUGUCAUUCAACUGCACGCAAUGUAGUUGGAGCGAACGAGACUGAGUCAAUAGACCAAACGAACGAGACGAACAGUUCCGCGACAAUAAUCUCAGGACCGACACACCAUACGGACUCUCAAAGCUUCUGGAACGGCCAUCGCAUCCUCAACCUUCUCCUAGCUUGCAUGGUAUUUGCAUUUGUUAUCUCAUGGAUCUUUCACUUCAAUAUGCCAUCAUAA